UGCUUCGCCCUUCGCCCCGCCCAUUCGGCCGGUGAUCGUCGUCGUAAUAGCUACGCUGUUCUCGUCCGUGAAUUUUGUAUAAUUUUUCAAAGAUGGUUAACUUGGGUGACGUCUUCCCUAAUUUCACCGCUGAAUCCACCCAAGGCACGAUCAAGUUUCACAACUACAUAGGUGACUCAUGGGGUGUCCUUUUCUCACAUCCGGCUGAUUAUACACCAGUGUGCACCACAGAACUAGGUCGGGUUGCCAAGCUGGCACCAGAGUUUGCCAAACGCAAUGUAAAGCUGAUUGCCCUUUCCUGUGAUAAUGUGGCUUCUCACAAUGGCUGGAUUAAGGACAUACAAGCAUAUAAUAAGUUGUCUGGUGAGUUUCCCUACCCAAUUGUGGCCGAUGAGAACAGAGAUCUCGCUGUUAGUUUAGGGAUGGUUGAUCCAGAUGAGAAAGAUGCUGCUGGUAUGCCUCUUACCUGCAGAGCUGUCUUUGUUGUGGGACCUGACAAGAAGCUGAAGUUGUCCAUUCUGUACCCAGCUACAACUGGACGCAAUUUUGACGAGAUUCUGCGAGUCAUCGAUUCCCUGCAGUUAACUGCAGUUAAGAAAGUCGCUACACCAGCAGAUUGGAAAGAUGGGAGUCAUUGCAUGGUUAUACCCUCUAUAUCAAGUGAGGAGGCCAAAACUUUGUUCCCAGAACACAAGGUUCAUGAUGUUCCCUCGGGCAAGCCUUACCUCCGCACCACUCCCCAUCCUAAGUAGAACAGAAAGGCUGGUUUAUCUGUUUGAUUAGUGGUUUCAUGAAAACCUAUUUGAGAAAAUUUGUAUUUACAGUGGCCGACCUUUUCUGAGUUUUUCUCUGAAAAAGUUCAAUUUAAAACCGAAGCAGAGUAAGAUUGGGUUUGGAGGGAUAUAGUGUCGUAACUAACUUCGCACAGUUUGUGUGUGGGGUUCGAUCAAAUGACAAAUUGUUUAAAUUAAAGUUUCUAAAUUUUUUUUAAUGGAUAAAAUUUCUAAAAUACAGUUUUUGACAGACUUAUAGCUUGUUACCAUUCAUAACUUUCAGUUACAACCAAAUCUUUUCUCAUAAAAGUGGCCUUAUUACUGUAGUGUUAGCAUUCCAGGUUCAGAUUUUAUUUUCUGUAUGAGUAUAUCCAAUAAAAUAAUUAUUUGAAAA